AUGGCCGUCAAGACUGGUAUUGCUGUUGGUUUGAACAAGGGUAAGCAGGUCAAUGCUAUGACCCCAGCCCCAAAGAUGUCCUACAAGAAGGGUGCCAUCUCUAACAGAACCCAGUUCGUCCGCUCGCUGGUGAAGGAGAUCGCUGGUCUGUCCCCAUACGAAAGAAGACUGAUCGACUUGAUCAGAAACUCUGGUGAAAAGAGAGCCAGAAAGGUCGCCAAGAAGAGAUUGGGUUCUUUCAAGAGAGCCAAGGCCAAGGUUGAGGAGAUGAACAACGUCAUCGCUGCCUCUCGUCGUCAUUGA